CGAUCGCUCUGGUCCACUCAGGAGAGUCCACGGCCGGAUCCCCGCCCCCGCCAGGCAGACCUCCCGGAAGCUCUACGGAUAACUUACUUCCUGUUCCAUUUAGUCUUCCGGUCGCUAUGGCGACCGGGCGCCUUGGGGUUGGCGAGACGCUGGAGGCCCUUAAUGCAGCUGUAGGGCCUGGUAGCCCAGUGUGGUUUAAGGAAACGCAUGCCCGCCAUCUUCGUGUCCGAGAUUUCUUGGCACCGCGAAGCGCCCUACAGGCGCGCUUCAGGGACGGCCAGGUGCCAGAGUGCGUGUUCCGUGCGGUCUCCUGCCUGCAGGGUCCCGGGGUGGCCCCUGUACUGCGCUGCGCGCCGACACCCGCGGGUUUAUCGCUCCAACUACAGCGGCCCGCUGUCUUCGAACAUGUACUCGGUGCCCUGGCCUCCUAUGCUACUCCCGCCAAACCUGCCUCACCAGGCCCGCGAGUUGUCCUACACUGCCCAGCACUGCGCUGUAAUUCGGGGACGCUCCGAUUGAGCCAGCUGCGUGCUGUGCUCGUAGCCGAUCAUCUAGUACGGGUACUGCGUGCUCAUGGGGUACGUGUGUGCUCAGUGCCCCCGGUGCGGGACCCUCACAUGUCAACUUUCCUCCAGAAACUUCGGGUGGAAUGGCCCACUGCCUCGAAGAGCACCUCGACUGAAACACUGAGAACCUGUGUUCUUGCAAACCUUGAUGGUUCUAAGGAAGCGACACUGCCCCCUGGCGUCCUAGGCCGACUGUGUCUGAAGGAACUGGUAGAACAGAGCCGCGCUGCUGGCUAUGACCCCAGCAUAGACCACUGUUUGGUGACUGAAGAUGUGCUCUCUGUGCUGUCUGAGCUGCAGGAGGCUGUGCGCCACUGGCCAGAGGGUGGCCACCAAGGCCCGGCUGGGCAUCCAGAUGCUGGUGUAGAUGACUGUGUGGUUAUACACGUGGUUAGCUGUGAAGAGGCAUUCCAGCAACAAAAGCUGGAUCUGCUCUGGCAGAAAUUGGAUGACCAGGCUCCUCACAAGCAGAAGCACCUGGUGUGUGGUCCAGUGAAAAUAGCUGGUGUACCCGGCACCCAGAUGACCGCCCCUGAGUACUACAGGCUCAGACAUGCUCAGGUGCGCGAGGCCUCAGCUCUGAAGCACGGAGGAGACCUGGCACAAGACCCCACCUGGACUGAGACCUUCGAUAUCCUCUCCGUGGCUACCAUCAAAUUUGAGAUGCUAAGCACAGCUCCACAGAGCCAGCUCCUCCUGGCCCACAGCACCAUCUCAACAAAGGGCACAAAGAGUGGGACUUUUGUCAUGUAUAACUGUGCCCGCCUUGCCACACUCUUUGAGGGCUACAAACAUGGACUGGAACAAGGUCUGUACCCCACUUUUCCACUUGUGAGCAGUCUGGACUUCUCCCUACUCCACGAUGAGGGUGAGUGGCUGCUGCUUUUCAACAGUGUCCUUCCCUUUCUGGACCUGCUGAGCCAGACUGUGAGUCUGGCUGGCACCCCAGGCCUCCACAUCCCUGUCCGCACGGAGAUGGUGUGCAAGUUCCUGGUGCAGCUCAGCAUGGAUUUCAGCUCCUACUAUAACCGAGUACAUAUUCUAGGGGUGAGCAUACAGCAAGGGGGGUCUGUGGGAAAUGUGGGCAAGGCUGAGCACACGGGAAACGAGGAUGCGCCUGACUGCUUUUCUUUCAGGAACCUCGGCCACACCUCUUUGGUCAGAUGUUUGCUCGCCUACAGCUUUUGAGGGCAGUGCGUGAGGUGUUCCACACAGGCUUGGCUAUGCUGGGCCUCCCUCCGCUGAACCACAUCUAAGAGCCCAAUAACUGGGAAUGUUUAUAAAAGCAUCAACUGGGAAAGAAACAAGACCUCACAGAUGUUGGGCACUUAAAGUCAGAAUAAAUACAGUUUCAUCCUA